GAGGCGGCUGUGAACGGGUUAACUCUGGGAUGGUAUCUAGUAACCAUUAAAUACACCGACGUUUUGAUAGAAAACAAGCUCCUGUUAAAAUAUCAGUGUUGUCAAUUCACGUUUCAUAAGUUGAGCCAUGUCAACCCCGGCUAGAAGAAGACUUAUGAGAGAUUUUAAACGGCUACAAGAGGAUCCCCCUGCUGGUGUCAGUGGUGCCCCGUCUGAAAACAACAUCAUGGUGUGGAAUGCAGUCAUUUUUGGCCCUGAAGGAACUCCUUUUGAGGACGGUACUUUUAAACUCAUUGUAGAGUUCACAGAAGAAUACCCCAACAAACCCCCCACAGUACGAUUUGUGUCAAAGAUGUUUCAUCCAAAUGUCUAUGCAGAUGGCAGUAUAUGUUUGGACAUCCUACAGAAUCGUUGGAGUCCCACUUAUGAUGUGUCAUCUAUUCUUACAUCCAUCCAGUCCUUGCUUGAUGAACCAAAUCCCAACAGUCCAGCCAACAGUCAGGCGGCUCAGCUCUACCAGGAGAACAAGCGGGAGUACGAGAAGCGUGUGUCUGCCAUCGUAGAACAAAGCUGGAGAGAUAGUUGACCUGGCAAUCCUGAUAGCUGCUCUCUCCAUUGUUAAGCUGUGUGCUGCAAAGUUUUAGUGGAGAGCCUCUUAAUUUUUGGCCCCCCCUCACCUUUUUUGAUUUUAAGCUUUUAUGCACUUUACCUUCAACUUCCCUUCAUAGAAUGUUUUUUUUUCUUCUUGCCCAUCAAGAGGGAUUUAUUUUUUAUAUUCUACCCCCCUUUUCCAGCCCAUCAGGGGAUUUGUGCUGAAUCUUGCCUUUGUUUUGUCAGUAUGGACUUGUGGGCCAUCACCCCAAAUCUUUGGUGUGCUCUAACUUUCUGUAAUAAUGCCCCAUGACUAAUUAUGUUUCAUGUCCUGGAGGGUUUAUCAAUGAAGUCAUGGGUCAUUUUCUGUUGUGCCACUGAUCUGUUGUCAGUUUGUUUUCACAAGGCAGUUUGUCUGAGCUCCAGUGUGAUUGUCCUACUUUUCCCUGGGAGAAUGAGCAGUCUGAGCAUCAUGGACUACAACUAAAUCAGAGAUCUUUAUACCAUGUCUUUGCUGUGCUGUGAACUCUGUUACAUGCAUGACAGAAAGAGUGUAUUCAUGUUCCCGUUCAGUACUCAUGUAUAUAAGAAACCUGCAACUGAAUAUAUGUACAGAUUUUGCACUGGUUGUCCCCCAUGUCAUUUUUUCAGCACUUGUAAAUAAAAUAAA